UUGUCACAAUGGCGACUUACGAGUGGCAUCCUCGACCCAGGCAUUAUAAUGCCGAGCGGAAGGCUGGAGCUCUCCAGGCUGAGCCUACAAUGGACCACCCACUGAAACCAGUCACGGUUUCUGAGGUGAAGAAGCUUGGUCGCAGCAGCUCCACAUUGGCCAAGCAGCAGGCAGCCAAGGCCACGCCCAAGGCCCUGCCCAGCCCCGCCCUGGACCCCCUGGCUGACUCCAUGGAUGGUUUGGAUCCCCUUUCACAGUUUGCUGCAGCGGCGGCUGCUGUCAAGGUCGUCGACCCCUUGUCUCAAGGUGGGGCACAAGGCAUUGGAACAGAUGCUACGGAUGCUGGUGGAUUUAAGAAGAACCAACUGGAUGACUCCUUUGAGCCCUGGUCCAGCAAGAAAGCUACCAUCCUCAGCAAGUACACCACCUCCGAGAAGCUCUCCAUCACCACGAGCUUCCUCUCCACUGCAGGUCGAGAGAAAGCAACUGUCAAGUCCCAACCAGCAGCACAGAGCACUGUCACAGACAAAGUGAAGAACCGACUAGAGCAAAUUGAUGAUUUUGAAGAGGGCUCCGUGAAAGAGAUGUUGAACUUGAGUCAACAGGAUUAUGUUCAUCGGAUUAACGAGUUGAAUCAAGCCCUCAUCAGUGCUUGGGACCAGGACCAGAAAGUGAAGGCACUCAAGAUAGCCAUACAGUGUUCCAAGCUGUUGGCAGACACAUCUGUAAUACAGUUCUACCCAAGCAAGUUUGUUCUGAUCACCGAUAUCCUGGACACAUUUGGGAGGCUUGUCUACGACCGCAUCCGCCGCAAGUCUACCUACAUCCCCUCCGGUGGCACCACCCCCCAGAUGCUCCCAGAGGACUUUGAGCCUCACCAGGUCCCUGACUCGGCCAAGGAAACCUGCCGUAACUGGUUCUUCAAGAUCGCUUCCAUCAGAGAGCUCAUCCCAAGACUCUAUGUUGAGGCUGCAAUCAUGGGUUGUUACAGCUUUUUAACAACCGGCGAGUAUGAGCAAGCAUUGCUACGACUAACAAAUCAAAUGAGAGGCAUAGGAGAUCCCCUGGUGGCCAUCUAUGCAAGGGCAUACCUGUGUCGGGUUGGCAUGGCUGUAGCUCCUAACGUUCGCACUCACCUGAUCAACAACUUCUACGAUUUCCUGUCUUCGUACUCUCAGCUCCACAGUGACAGCGUUCAGAACGUCCUAGCCAUCCAACGUGUGGAGAUGGCCGACUACUUGUCUCUCUACUCGCCAGCACUGGAUUGGAUAUUGCAAUGCAUUGCACAUCAGGCCACGGAGGAGAUCUUGACUGAGAUUCUUGGCAAAUGCAAGAAGCAGUGCAACAAUGCCCUGUUGUUGAACUCCAUCAUGUCUGCCUUCAAGCCGGAGUUUAUUGCCAGCAGGGCCCUCGGAUUCACUGAUCUUAUCAAGGAAUGUGAAGAAGCUGGAUUUCCCAAGCACCACCUGUAUCGAUCUCUGGGUACCAACUUGGCGCUGAGCGAUCCACCCCAGCAGCAGAGAUUGACAGUGCUGAAUGAAGUCUGGAAGACUGUCAUGAAGCUACGCAAUCCAGAGGACUACAUCGGUUGUGCCGAGAUCUGGAUUGAGUAUCCGUGCAGACACUUCACUAAAAAGGAAGUGAACACCAUCUUGGGUGACAUCAUCAAGCACAUGACCCCUGACCGUGCAUUUGAGUCGUUCUAUCCUCAGUUACAGUCAGUGAUGUCCAAAGUCUUGGCCCAUAUCAAGGAUUUCUCUGCAUUGCUGUCAAUGGACAAGUUCAUGCCAAUGGUGGAUAUGUUCCAGAAGGACGUGGUAAAGGUGGAGCUUUGCCGGUCCAUCAUAGAGGCAUUCUGCCGUAACCAAGAGAAAGUGACAAAUGAUCCAGUCAUCAUCAACGCUCUCAUGUUUGUCUGCAAGACCAUGCACGACUCCCUCAAUGCCCUGUCUUUGGAAGACGAUGUCCGAGAAAUUGGCCGACUGAUUGCCGGCUUCGUCAGAAAAAUUUCAUUCGGCCGAGAUUUUGAGCAACAAUUGAGCUUCUACGUCGAGGCUCGUGCCAACUUCAGCAAUAUUGACAGUGUGCUGGUCGCAUUGGUACAGUGCGUAAAUCAGUUGGCAUCAGAAACAAGAACUGUCAUGAAAGGAAACCACUCCAGGAAAACUGCUGCGUUUGUCAGAGCUUGCGCAGCGUAUUGCUUCAUUACCAUCCCUUCCAUCGUCGACAUCUUCCAUCGGCUGAACCUCUACCUCCUGUCUGGUCAGGUUGCCAUGCUCAACCUGGCCCUGACACAAGCCGAUGCUUUCUUCAAGGGCGCCAUCAGUCUCAUACCGGACGUUCCCAAGACCAUGGUCAUCGACAGCAAGUCUCGUUCCACAGAGCCAUUCCUCCUGAAUUACAUCAAUAACUUCCUGUCCACUCUGCUUGUUGUUCCCGACAACCCCGAGCACGGAGUGCUGUAUUUGGUUCGUGGUCUGCUUAAUGUGGUACAGGAUUACGUGUGGGAUACCGGCAACGACACCAAGGCGUUGGUGUUCUUGAAUGUCCUAAGCCUGCUGUCGGCAAGUUGUCAAGACCAGUACAUAUACCAUGUCAAGAACGUUGACUCCAAUGACGUCUUAUACGGAAGUGAUAAGAAGUUCUUAGCCGAGGUGUCUGGCCUGUGCGGCACACUCAUCACAUCUAUUCUGGAACACUGCAAAUCCCUGGCGCAGUCCGAGAAUGGACAGAAGAGGCAAUCCCAUCUGGCUAUGGACUUCUUCAAUCGCAUCUUGGUUCAUGGCGACAUCGCGCAGCAAGAGAUAGCCUCCCUGGCUCUCAAUCUGUGGAAUCUGGCUCAGAAACAUGGCCAUGCCGACACCAAGCAGAUGGUGCGGAUGCUAGAGUAUGUGAAAUGCAAAGGUAAUCAGGCUGGAGGGAAAGCCUACAGAGAUCUCGCUGCAUCCAUGCCACUUCAGUCCAGGACAUAAAAAGUCAGGCUGGAAAGAGAGUCUACAGUUAUAUUUUUAAUUAUGUGAUAAGUAGAAUUUGUACAUCUCACAACUCAAAAAAAAAAUCAAGCUUGUGACAGAGACUCAUUGAGGUUUUGUUCAUACAUCAACGAGGAAUGACUGUUUCUUUGUGUUGUUAUUUUUUUAUUUCAUUUAUCCAAAAUGGAUGGAUAAAAUAUUGACAAUAAGAACAGUGAAUAGUAUAGAACAUUAGACACCAAAUCUAUAAGGACAAUAACAUACUAAUCAAACGGUAACAGGAAUCAGGCUUUAAAAAGUCAUAUUUUGUAUGUUUAGCAGGCACAGUGUGUAGAAAGAAUCACUUUGUAUAAUACUCAAUUUAUUUCACCCCCCAAAAAAAAACUUUGUGGCUGGACUGUAAGGUAUAAGCCAGGCAGUUCCAGGCGGGACAGUUUAGGGAGGGUCAGUGAUUUGACACUCAUUACUCUGCCUCGGUGUUGUUCAUGUAGUCAUCCAGUCUGAAACCAAGUCACUGACCUGUGACUGGUCUUGUGAAAUGACUCUUGACUGGUUUUCUUCAGGUGGGCAUUGUGAAAAGGCUUGUGAUGGCUCCAACUACAACGCUGCAAAGGCCUCUGUGCAGAAAUGGUCUGAGGCAAUGGCACGGCAUCUUCAGUCCUAAGACAAGAUGCAUGCGUGCACUCUGGCUUAGCAAGCAUGGUUCUGAAGUGCACACAACUGUAUUUUCGUUUGAAUGAGCACAGAUUCAAAGUCUCUCUGCAGGGCUCAUAGCUCAUUGGUGGUGUCCAGGCAUCCGUUAUUUCUCCUGGUGUCUUGUUGGAGGAGUUACACCCAUAAGUACCCCCAGCAAUUAAUUGAGAUGGCACAGUGACCAUGUGGCGAAGGUGCACGUACAGUGAAUGACCCAUUGACCGAUUGGCUGUUUCAAACAUGUUUUGUGCAUGUCCUCAGAUCUAAGAAUGCCUCACCUGUUUGCAUGAUAACCAUCUCAGUGUUUGCUUCUAGUUGUGGUUUCCGAAGUAUUCUUUAAAAUCGCCUGAAUGUUAGCGUCCAGUAAAGUCCAUUGAGCUUUGGCAACCCAAAGAACUCUUUCUUGAAAUGAGGGAUUUUAUGUUUUAAGACCAGAUUUAGCCAUAUGCUUUGAAAAUUGCACUCUUAACUCUCACAUCUUCUACUCUGAGCUUUUAAAAGCUUUCGGAGCUGUCUGGCAUGUUAUUCAAGCGUGUCUCGUAUUCUCCAGUGGAUUUAAUUUCAAAGGGUGUACCACUUCGCCCGCAGUCGCUCAACAUGUUGCCAGUUAAGUCGCUUGUGAUCUUCUUAAGACUUACAGGUUGAGAUGAUAGAUCUCCAUCUUCAUUUGAGAACAUCACGGAAUCUUAUGGGAAAUGUAUAGUUCUCUGAAACAGCGAAGAUAAUUUAUCCAAAUGUAAUCUUGUAAUCUGAAAAAAGUGUAUACAUUGGUUUUGUAUUUAAUCCUUUGAGCUGAAGCAUGUCUCCAUAAAGUGGAGUAUAAGCACAAGAAAUGUGAAAAUCGUUUACAUUAGGGAUAAUUCUCUAAAUGUCAAAGAUUUAAGUUGAUCGGAUUCAGUUUCAGACCAUUUGGGGGAGGCGAAUCAAACCUGUUUAUUAAAGACUGGAUGAAGUGAUGCUCUUUCACGUGUGUCCCAAGAGACAGAUUGUGGAUGAUUUGCCAAGCUGCCCCCUUCCUCUCCUGUUUAGCCACGCCCAGUGAGGAGGUGCUGUGCGUGAGAAGAAUCUUCCAGGACUGGGAUGGAGAUUCACCGAAACGAUUGAGAGAUACCAAUUUCUCUGUAUGGAAUCCAGCCGCAACAUCAAUAAGUGGAAAGACAAAGUCUUCGAUGUUAUUUUCCCAUCUGACACAUGUAUGAACAAUAAGAAUUGGAAUUGUUUUACUAGUUCAUAUUACCAUUAUUUAUGCAGGAAUUGAAAUCUUUAUGCCAAACCUUUUUUUUUUGUCUUAAGGAUUAUUCUGAAGUUGUAUUGCAGAGUAAUUCAUUUGAUUUAGUUGUUUAUUUCUGCAAUAUUGCAUUCCAGAACGGCAACAUCUGACAAAGAACCUUCCUCAACCGUAUUUUAUUAUUAAAGCAUUUUGAAGAUCUCCUAUGGA